CAGGCACGUUGAGCUGAGCUGAACGCAGAGCUGAAGUCCACAAACAGGAUCCUGGCGUAUAGGUUCCCUGGGAGUCCAGAUGCUGGAGGAUGAAGUGAAGGGCCAGGUUAAUGAUGUCAUCUACAGACCGAUUGGCUCCGUAGGCAAACUGCAGAGGGUCCAGGAGGGGGGAGGUGAAAGACUUGAGGUGGUGCAGGACCAGGCGCUCAAAUGACUUCAUGAGUCGUCGUCAGCGCUACAGAUUAAAGAUGAGUGAGGAGGUGUUCGAGGUCUCUGGAAGAAAUGAGUACCGGUAUCUGGUUCAGGACGAGGAUGAGGAGGUGCAGUACGCCAGGCACCGGCAGUACAUUAGCCCCCUGGUGGUGCUGUCGCGUCGCUGCAUCGCUCUGAUCGUAAUGGGUGUUGUUGCUCUGCUCAUCUUGGCCACGUACCUGGGAUAUGUAGCCAAAACACUGCCCCCUGGUGCCGCUUAUGUCAGCACCCCCUGUGGCUCGUACAACGGACAACAUAAAAAUGGAGCAUACUCCUUCAAAGGCCUGAGAUAUGCAGCGCCCCCUGUUGGACCCCUGCGGUGGGCUCCCCCUGUGGCUGCGGAGUGUAACAGUGACGCAGUGCACGACGCCACACGCUUCGGCAGUGUGUGUGCUCAGAUCCACCCUCUUUCCAGCUCUGGCUUGGUUCUGGGACAUGAGGACUGCCUCUCCCUAAAUGUGUGGACCCCCUCCCUCACUCCACCCACCCACCUCCCGGUGGUGGUGUGGGUGCAUGGGGGGUACCUGCAGAUGCUGAGUGGGGGAGAGGCCGGAUACAGCCCCUCUGAGCGGCUGGCCGCAGAGACUGGGGUGGUCUAUGUCAGCUUCAACUACAGGCUCAACGCGUUUGGGUUUAUGGCCCUAGAGAUGCUACGUGAAGGAUCACCUACCAACACCUCAGGGAACUACGGCUUCAUGGACCAGAUCCUGGCUCUGCAGUGGGUCCAGAAGAACAUCCACCUGUUUGGAGGGGACGCCUCUAAAGUGACCAUCAUGGGACAAAGCUCAGGUGGCACUUCUGUGUGGACUUUGAUGAUGUCUCCACUCGCUAAAGGCCUGUUCAGUGCAGCUGUGGACAUAAGUGGAUCAUAUGUGUACAAAGCCACACUACAGGAAGCUGAGAAGGACAAUCUGGUGUUUCUCAACAAGACAGGCUGCAAGGAUGCCUCCUGUCUGCGGCGACUGUCAGUGCAGCAGGUGCUACAGGCCGUCCCGUGGCAGGAGUACCCGUUCUGGGCGUACGAUGAUGGAACUGACCUGCCGACCCGAGGCCUUCUGCCUGGAGCGGUGGCGGUGGUGGACGGACAUGUGCUGCCUGAUGCUCCCCUCUCAAUGUGGGCAAGCGGCAGGCAGGACUACAGCGACGUGCCCUUUGUGAUAGGUACCACGGAGCAGGAGGUUGACUUCUACCCCCCAUUCCAAAACAUCUCAGACUGGACCUGGGGAGACUACAGCUGGUUUGUGACCGAAAAACUCUCCACUUUCAAUGAAUCUCUGGCCAAGCUGGCUCUGGAGCAGUACCCCUCCUCUGCCCCCUGUCCCACCACAGAGCGCUGUCCAGAGAGGGCUUAUACCACUAUGGCCUCCGACAUCCGCGGCAACUGCCCCAACCAUGAGCUGGCCAGGAGAGCCGCCGCUGCCCUGCACAGCCCAGUGUACCGCUACAUGGUGACCCACACUCCCUCCAGAGCCAUCUCCCCUUCCCCUCCUCUGCUCUCCUUCCCCAGCCGCUUCUCCUUCCACACCCUGGACACGGUGGCCUUCUUCAGGGGACUGGAGCCUUUGCUGGGCUCCCCUCUGUCCCAAAAUGACCAGCGCUUCCAAGAUCUCAUCACGCACCAUCUCAUCUACUUCUUCAAACAAGGUAAAAUGGAGGCGUCAUGGCCUGAGUUUCCCUCCUCUGUGGCUCUGCUCUCUCAAACCCUCACUGUGGUACAGACCAACUCCUCUGUGGUGUCGCGCUGCAGACUCUGGGAGGAGAGCGGCAUGCUAGAGUAUGCUUGGGUCAACUGACCCCAACUCGACUGAUCCCAACUCGACUGAUCCCAACUCGACUGACCCCAACUCGACUGACCCCAACUCGGCUGACCCCAACUCGGCUGACCCCAACUCGACUGACCCCAACUCGACUGACCCCAAGGCUAAAAGUCUGGGAAGUUUGUGGUUUACUUCGAGAAAUAUCAUCACAAUAGGCCAAAAUCACUGGUCAUGUUUUGUUUUAUGCCUGAAAUUUAAAGGUGUGCUUUGUAACUUUUCUGCUGGGUCUGGAUGGGUUUUCAAGGAGAUUGCUUAGUUAAUGCUGUACUAUGAGACACUUCGGGCAAAGAUCAACAUCAACAUGGAAACAAGCAAACUCUGCAAACAGAAAUGUAUUCAGACCUGAUUAUUAAAUAGGAACUAUUCACAUGUAAAACAUGGGACAGAAAGAGGGAAAGUGGAAAAUGUUUUUAAAGGGAGGGUAUGAAGUUUAAACAUCUACAGAGCACACUUCAGAAUGUAUUACAAUCACAACUGAACCUGUUACCUGUGCCCAUAGGACAGGACAGGCCACAUGUGAAAGCUUAAAGCCUUCAGAAUUCACUCACUGAGCUGCAUAGGCUGCACUAGCACUGAUCCAUGAUUGGAUGCACGUGCUGGGGUUUAGGUUGUGAUGAUUAUGAUCAGAGAGAGUCCUUUUAGGUUUAAACCAACUGGAUUUCGGCUUUGAAACAGGCAUCCCAAAUGAGAGACUUGUGUGAGUCUCAUUCUGCUUUCUGAACAUGUCUACCUCGUAUCUGGGGACAGAUAGUUCAUGUGUAUUACAUUUAAAACAUAACUUCUGCAUACCCUCCCUUUAAGUUUGUAAAAUAUAACUGAGCGAAAAUGUAUCAGGGAUUUUUCCUACAAGAGGGAAAUAUUUAUUUUCUCUUUUAUUUCAAAUUCUACCUGUGGUUUCUGUAUCCUUCUUAACCAAAUCUCCAUACUUUUUAUGCCUGCAUUUUACCGUCUUAAAAACAAAAAAAACCCCUACUAGUUCAUUUUUAAACCGUUUGUAGAGAAGUUAUUCCUCACUUGCCUUAUGCAUUCAGAGCCUUUACCUUAUGCAUUCAGCAUUCACUUUUCCCCAACUUUCAGAGGCCAGUGGAUUGCUGUCACUGUAAUGCUAUCAAGAACUAGCAUGCUAACACGCUUCCUGAUGAUCAGACUAUAAAACACUUUCUAAUUAGAUGCAGGCAGUACACAGCAGACUUAUUCUAAAUUCAAGAGCUGCUUAUACACUAUAUCUGUACAGAGGCAGGUGACAUUUUGCUCAGAUACAUAGAAAUUAGAUAGCUACAAGUUAUCUAAGCUUAGUUUUAGAGUUAUCUAAGCUUAGUUUUAGUUUCUAAGUCAUUUUCAGUUAGCAAAAUCUAUGCAAUUACAAUUUAAAUUUUAUAACAUUUAUUUUCUCAAGCAUGACAUUAAAUGUCAGUUUAUAAUUUUCAUGUCGAGGGCAUUUCAAACCUGUUUAAGAUGAAUAUUGAUACUUUGCAGCUGAUGUCAUCAAUAUUCCCUGGGGGAAGAAGCUAACUAGAGGCACUACUUUGAGAGGCUUUGAAAAGCGCAUUACAAGUGUAAGUGUAUUAUUACUACUCUGCCUGAAGCUCUGUUACUGAAAUUAGACUUUAAUCUGAACUUUAUUUUAACACAAUCAGACCAUAAAUGAAUGACUUAGUUGCAACUACAACAGGGGAGCUGAUUUGUGCAUUUAAACAUGUCUCUGUCAAAUAACAUUACAGUCACAAGCUAGCUAGUAUUAGCCAAUAGUUUUUCUGUUAGUCACUCUCACUUUUUUGUUGAAAAUAAAAACACCUAAAUAGGACUUGUAUUGAUCACAGAUUCCUGAAAAUGUGUUGUUUAAAACCAAUUAGUAUUUUUUUUCUUGAGUUUUCAGAGAAUCGAAAAAUAUCAGGCUGUGUUUGCAAAUGUGAGCAUUGUAUCACUAUGGUAACUACUGAAUAUUCUACCAUAAACCUGCAUGCAGAACCCCCCUGCAUGAUGUCACUGCAAAGUAUCAUUAAUGUGUUUGUAUGGCCAGGCUGGUUUAUUUUGCACUGAUUCACUAAUGCCAUUCAAGCUAUGCACUUUACCACUGUGAUUUCUGAGUUGUACAAUCUUUAAACUCUUAAUAAAUGCAGCUUCACCA